CGCGAACAAGAACGGUUUGUCCGCGCUCUCCGCCGGGAACGCGUCCACCAACGCCGUCCGUACACACGCCGCUGACAUUCGGGAUGACGUGCGCUCGACGUGGGCUGUAGACUCCUGAAGAGGAUGGGCCCAGCAUCCCUUUGCCUGAGGAGAUGUCUUUGGGUCGGCUCCUGCGACGCGCCUCCUCCAGGGCCUCUGACCUCCUGACCUUUAACCCCGGGGCGGGGGGUUCGUCGUCACGCUCGGGCCUGGACGGAGAAAUCAUCUUCUCCAAGAACAAUGUGUGCGUGCAUCCGUCUGAGCCCCUGCCCGGCCUGGCAGAACAUCACCCAGGUUACCUGUGCGUGCACAUGGAGAAGGAUGAGAGCCUGGGCACCACUUUAAUCCUGACCUGGGUGCCCAACUCUCGCAUCCAGAGGCAGGACGAGGAGGCGCUGCGGUACAUCACCCCAGAGAGCUCCCCCGUACGCAGGAGCGCACGGCGCCGAGGCCGACGACCCCACUCCCGUCCCCCAGUGGCCCAGGAGGAGGAGGAAGAUGAGGAGAGGAACAUCACCAGCACGGCAGCCGCUUCCGAGAGCCAGAGCCCGGGCGUGGAGGCUGGCGUCGAGUCGAGUCCCCCCCAACACCCGCUGCCCCCAGCCGGGGAGGAGGGCGAUGAGGGCUCCUGCGAGUUUUCCGACGAUGUGAGCCGGGACAGCACCAUGGGCUCGGACUCGGACACCUUCUCCUCCCCCUUCUGCCUGUCCCCCGUCAGUGAGGCGCUCUGCGAGAGCAGCAGCUCGGUCUUCCUGGACAACGAAAGCAGGGAGCUGUGCGACGAGUCUAUGAUCCACUCUGCAAGCUCCGCCUCCAGCCUGGAUAGCCACGCCCCCUCAGAGAACAACAGCCAAUCGCAAGGCGUGCGGUGGGAGGAGCAGCAGAAAGUGCUGGCCCUGGAACAGCUGUGUGGGGUUUUCCGGGUAGAUCUGGGUCACAUGAGGUCACUGAGACUCUUCUUCAGUGACGAGGCGUGCACCAGUGGCCAGCUGGUGAUAGCCAGCAGAGAGAGCCAGUAUAAGAUCCUCCACUUCCACCAUGCUGGCCUGGACAAGCUGGCCGAGGUCUUCCAACAGUGGAAGUGCUGCAGGGAGACCCAUCUCAAAGACCAGGUCACAGAUGAGAAGUCUUGCAUGCAGUUUUCCAUCCGUAGGCCCACCCUGUCCUCGACGGAGACCCACCCAGAGGAAAAGCUUUACCGGCGGCUCGAUGUCGCCGCCUGGCUCCGCCACCUGAACCACAGCGGACAGGUGGAGGAGGAGUACAAGCUCCGUAAGGCCAUCUUCUUUGGCGGUAUAGACCCAUCCAUCCGUGGCGAGGUGUGGCCCUUCCUGCUGCAGUACUAUAGCUGUGACUCAACCUCCCAGGAGAGAGAGGCCUGGAGGCUGCAGAAACGUACCCACUACCACGACAUCCAGCAAAGGAGGUAG